AUGGCAUGGAACAACCGCCGGGGUGUUAGGGGACGCAAUUCAGAUCGCAUGAGACAAGAUGAGGAAGAUGAGGCCUUACUACUUAUGAGUGCCUCGUUAAUGUUAAUGCAUCCGUCUCUUGCACACAUAAGGAACAAUCAACCAAUUCCGCAACAUGAUGGCUCAAUCACCAAUAGACAAUGGGUGGAGCGAUUACUGAACGGUCAUCAUAGACGAUCAAUAGACAACAUGCGUAUCACAGUUGAUAAUUUUCUGCAACUUUUAGAUCUCCUUGUGAAGCGCCAGUACGUUCCACACAACUACCAACAGCCUGAAAUAAUACGAUUGGGUGACCAGACUACAGUUUAUCCACGAAUUGCAAACUCAACAAAUUUUUAUCCGUGGUUCAAGAAUGCCGUAGGAGCAAUGGAUGGCACCCACAUCUCAGCUUGUCCUUUGACAGGCGAGCAAAUGGCAUAUACAAAUUGGCACGGGUUUCAAUCACAGAAUGUUAUGGCAAUGUGUGACCAUGACAUGCGCUUCAUCUAUGUGUAUGCUGGAUGGGAGAGAAGUGCACAUGAUGCGCAAGUAUUGGAGUCAGCAUUAGCAUAUCCGUCCGAUUUUCCACUGCCGCAACCUGGCAACUACUACUUAGUUGAUGCGGCAUAUAGGAAUGUUCCUGGCUUCAUGCCCCCGUAUAAAAACGUGGGCCCCAAAUCACCGGCAAAGAGCUUGUUCAAUACUCGGCAUUCACAGCUUCGAAAUAUCAUUGAGCAUACGUUCGGUGUGCUAAAGAAAAGAUUCAAAUUUUUAAAGGGUCCGAUAGAUAAUUUCUACAUGAGCACUCAAAUAACUAUAGUCAUUGCUUGUUGUGCGCUACACAACUUUUUAAGGAUGCACCAGCCAGAAGAUGACCAUUUUCAACGGUUUGAAGUAGAGGAUGUGCAUUUAAAUGAAGAGCCGCCGUUCGCAUUGAACGUAUCUCCUGCAGAGCUUGCGGAAUGGAAAGCUAAGCGAGACUACAUAGCGACUCAAAUGUACGCAGCACGGGGGCGACGACGCCGCUAG